AUGUGGAAGUGUAUUCUAAAGUCAUCUUCUUUUUUGAAUAAGCACUUGAAACUUCAGAUAGGGAAUGGAAAAUCAGCAAGAUUUUGGCAUGAUAAAUGGACGACUCAGGGUUCACUUUGUGUCAGAUUUCCUGCAGUUUAUAGAGCUUGUGCACAGAAAUUUGCUUCAGUGGCUGAGCUGAUUGAGAAGGGGAGGGUGAAUUGUGCUUUUAGGAGAAGAUUGUCUGGAGUUGAACAGUUUUGCAAUGAGCUGGGUCCUUGUUAUGGGUUUGAAGAGGGUGAGGAUACAGUUAGUAUGGAAGGGGAUUUCUCAGUUCAGAGGUGCUAUGAAAUGCAGUUAAGUGAUGCUGUUGAAGUGAGUUUCAAUAAAUUUUUAUGGAAACAAUUUAUUCCUUCUAAGGUUAAUUUCAUGCUAUGGGCAACAUUUCAUAAUUCUCUUCCAAUAAAGGAUAUGUUGCAGCAUAGGGGUAUGGAGGUUCAAGAUAGCUUGUGUGUCUUGUGUAAGGAAUGUGAUGAAUCUACAGAUCAUAUCUUCCUACACUGUCCUUAUACUUUUGGCAUAUGGUCUCAUUUUAUGAAGGCUUUUGGUAUUAGUUGGGUUAGCCCUGCUAAUUUGUUGCAGUGUUUUGAAGCUUGGAGGCUUAAUGCUCUUACAGGGAGAGCUAAGAAGAUCUGGUGGAACAUUGUGUAUGCUGUUUUUUGGCAUAUUUGA